AUGCUGAUACACGUGAAGCAUGGGAAAUUAAACUAGGACCGUCGACUUCGUAUCCCACUUGGAAAGAAUUCGAAGAGUUUGUAACCGGUCACUCUAGAGCGUGGGAAAGUCUAGCUUCCGCAUCCAGUCAGCCUAUGAAGGAAAAGGGGCGUUUAUCAUAUUCUAAAGGCAAGCCGGACGCCAAAGCACGCAGUUUGGUAGCUAUAGCACCAUCCUCUAAAGGCAGUGUAGAAUGUCCCGUAUGCAAAUCAUCUCACUUUUUGUCCAAUUGCCCGAAAUAUUUGUCUCAGCCUCUCGAACGGCGCAAACGCACAGCUAUAAAGUUAGAUUUAUGCUUCAAUUGUUUAGGAAAGCAUUUCAUCAGUCGUUGCCAAAAAGCCUCGCCCAGUGACCAGAUCGAACGCGUUGUUAGUCAGAAGCCAAUCACUUUACUCGCUACGUGCCAAGUCCAAAUAGGAACAUGUGACGGUGACUUUGUGAUCGCCCGAGCGCUUUUAGAUCCUGGAUCGGAAUUGUCGUUCAUCACUGAGAAUCUAGUACAUCGGUUAAGACUUACGCGAAAGGCCGCUUCCAUUCCGUUACUGGGCAUUGGCGGAACUUAUUCUGGACGCACCAAAGGUUUCGUAGAUAUUGUACUUCAUUCAUUGCUAGACACUGCUGAUUCCUACGCCUUACAAGCCUUCAUUCUUCCGCGAUUAACUUUUGAGAUACCUUCUUCCAGUGUAACUAGUACAUCUUGGACACAUUUAAAGGAUUUACCACUUGCAGAUCCUCACUUUAGUAAACCUGGACUAAUCCAUAUUAUUAUUGGCGCAGAUCACUACGGCCAGAUCAUUAAGCCUGAGUUGAGAAAGGGGGAACCGUCCUCGCCUAUUGCACAGUUAACACUAUUCGGUUGGAUAGUGUACGGCCCAGUCGCCCCUGGCAUUAGUGAAAGAGGAAGUUAUCAUUGUCAUGUUGAUCGCGAUUUACAGAAUCUUCUAACUUGUUUUUGGAAACAAGAAGAUAUCCCAAAGACGGUUGAAAAGUUUUUGAAUAGCGAUGAGGCAGAUUGUGAAGCGCAUUUUCGCUCUACCGUUUCGCGGGAUUCGAGCGGUCGAUACAUAGUGCGACUUCCACUAAAGUCGCCGGCCACCUUGUUAGGGGACUCGACUGCCAUAGCUUUUCGUUGUUUAUCGCGGUUACUUAAACGGCUCGAAAGAGAACCGUCCUACAGUAAAUUAUAUACGGAAUUCUUACAUGAAUAUCAGACGCUAGGACAUAUGAUCUCAGUACCGGAGUCCGAAGUCGACGCUUCUCCUGUUUUUUAUUUACCUCACCAUGGAGUCAUGCGCGAAAAUAGUCAAACGACUAAGCUUAGAGUCGUUUUUAACGGAUCGAGUCCUACUAGCAAUGGCCUUUCAUUGAACGACAUCUUGCAUACAGGGGCGAAAUUACAAACGAACAUUUUUGAUGUGCUACUUCGGUUUCGUUCUCACCAGUAUGUCUUUUCUUCGGAUAUUACGAAAAUGUAUCGAAAUAUACUGGUGCAUGCAGACGAUCAGAACCUACAGCGCAUUUUAUGGCAUGAUUCGAAUGGCAAGUUACGCUCAUAUAAGUUAACCACGGUAACUUACGGAUUGAAUUGCGCUCCAUUUCUUGCUCUUCGCGUCAUUCAACAGCUGAUUGAUGACGAGGGUCAUCGAUUUCCUAAGGCUAUCCCCUCACUAUCAAGAGAAAGAUACGUUGAUGAUAUCUUUGGUGGAGCUGAUUCCUUAGACGAAAUUCAGGAAGUUAUGACGCAAGUACAUCAACUCUGUAUGGCGGGCGGUUUUCCGUUACAAAAGUGGAGUAGCAACUGUCCGAGCUUAUUAGAUCAUUUGUCGUCGUCUCAGAGUGUCCAUACGGCUGCCGUUGAAUUGGAAUCUUCUGGCAUUAAGAUAUUAGGCCUUUCUUGGCAACCGAAAACUGACGACUUUCGAUUCACUUCUUUGCCGCCUACUGCCCGAAAUGUUACAAAAAGAUCCGUGUUAUCUGAAAUCGCACAACUUUACGAUCCCUUAGGACUAAUCGCGCCCGUUGUCGUUCGCGCUAAAAUCUUCAUUCAGGAGCUGUGGUUAGCCAAAGUCGAUUGGGACACCCCUCUAUCGCUUGAAUUACAGCAUCGAUGGAUUAAGUACAAGCAACAGUUACCCGAAUUGGUUAGUUUAAAUAUUCCGCGAUGGCUUCACAUUUCAUCGAUAACACGUUCUAUUCAGCUGCACGGCUUCUCUGACGCCUCGCAACUAGCAAUGGCUGCGGUAGUCUUCCUUAGAGUCGAAACGGAAAAUUCCGAAAUUCAGAUUAGUAUCGUUUGUGCAAGGACAAAGGUAGCGCCGUUGAAGAAGCUUACUGUUCCUCGACUUGAGUUAAACGCCGCUUUAUUGUUAUCGCGUCUGAUAUCAAGCGUACAAAGCAUCCUGGAACUGUCAGACAGUUCAAUCUUUCUUUGGACGGAUUCUUCUGUCACUCUCACAUGGAUUUCCUCGCAUCCCGCCAAAUGGAAGGAAUACGUUCGUAACCGAGUCACAGCCAUUAAAGAUAAAGUACCCUCUGCUUCUUGGGGUUUCGUACCCGGCAAGGAGAAUCCGGCUGAUUGUGCUUCGAGAGGCUUGAAUGUUAAUGAAAUUAAACAACAUCCUUUAUGGUGGCACGGACCUUCGUGGUUACGCGAGGCGCCUGUCCAAUGGCCUAGAUUAACGCCUACUUCUACCACCGAGAUAGACAUGGAAGAAAGCUCCGGAUACGUCUUUACUUCUGUUCGAGAUCAAGAGAUACCUUCUUGGGAUCUCUUGGAGCGCUACUCUUCACUGACGAAGCUCAUACGGGUUACGGCAAUUUGCCUACGCGCAGUUCGACGUUUUAAGCAAUUACCAGCCGAGUCAUCCACAGAGCAUCUCUCUCCUCUUGAACUUCAGGAGAGUUGUCACUUUUGGAUUCGCAAGAUACAACAAUUUCAUUUUCAACAGGAGAUGGGAAUACUGUCAAGAAGAGGUCGCCUAUCUAAAUCAAGUCAUUUGAUUAAGCUGACACCAUUCAUAGACAAGUCUGGAAUAAUGAGAGUGGGCGGUCGGCUCCAGCAAGCCGGUUUGGAACACGAUACUACACAUCCGAUCAUCUUGCCAAGACG